AUGGAAUCGAUGAAUCACAAUGAACGUAAGAUUAAGCGUAUCCCAACGGAAAGUUUCAAGAGAGUGGUGUCACAUGUCUCUGAAGAAAAUACCGUUUACGAUUCACAAUUGGAUUCAUUCUGUCAAUUUUCUCAAAGUCAAACAUUUCUGAAGGACAUACGCAGCAAAGAGGAUGCACUCUUUUCUGUUCCAUAUAGUCCUUUGGACAAACAGAUAAUCCGGCAGAAAACACCUUCAGCUGAUGAUAUCUAUAAUUACCGCUCCGGAGUUUCAUUGCGCUUUUCACCCGGCACUAACGCUUCAAACAUGACAAUGAAAAGAAAACUGGAACUGCUGAAAAAAAGAUACGAAUUACAAAAAACAACAGUUAGAAAAUCAAGUUUGUCUCAUGAUCACAACAAUUUGUAUAAAACGGAAGAAAAAUUCCUAAGCUCAGUCCCUGAAGCACUAAAUUCCAAUGAUCAUGAAAGAAAUGAAAAUACUGACGCCUCAUUUCGAUUUCCGUUGAAUGCCACUCUCAAUUCCAUUUCGAAUUCUAGCAAGGCAACGAACGCCACUUAUGUUAUUCAGUCAUUAGUAGGUGAAGACGAACGUGAUUUUACUGAUCAAUGCAAGAAAACAGAAAUGGAUAAACAAUCGGCUUAUCUGGCAGCACUAACAUCAUGGCUAAAUUAUCUACUUGAUGAAAAAAGUGACGCCGAUAAUAGCAGCGAAAUUCUAGCCAUGAGUAAAAAAGAUGCUGAUCUGUACUUGAGAAAACUAUUGACUUCGACAAAUGAUAUUCCGGCGAUAAAAAAUAAUGAACUGCAAAAGCACAUCAGUUAUAAGUGUUUCACGGCUGCAAAUGAACUCAGCAAAAUGCGAUCCAGAUUUCGCUUGUUAUACGAAAGCUCACCCAUCCCGAAUGAUAUUGCUACUAUCGUAAAAGGACUGCAAACAGAAUUGCUCAGCCUACUUCUGAGUUUUCAUCCGUUCUACCUUCUAUUGGGCUUAGAGACUGUCUUAUCUAUCAACAUACGAAAAAGAAUUGAUGGCAAAAAUCAACUCAGAAUCAUUGCUUCUGUAGUUAUGCAAAACAUCUUCAAGAAUCCUAAAAUUAUGAAUAAUCGGAAAUAUGUGCAGGGAAGAGGAAAAAUUCUCAUCAAUAAUCUAGGUGCGGAAGCUCUUCUGCAGCAUUUUUUAACAAAGAUAUGCCAGUUUUUAUUCAUUGUUGAUAAGGCAUGGCGAGAUAACACAAUAUCGAGGAAAAACCGCUGUCUUUUUGUUAAAUGGUCAGCUUAUAAGAGUAUCAAUGAUGUGGUGGCAAUGUUAAGUCGAGAACUGAUGACUGGUACCAGCAAUUUACCGAAAACCCUUUCUCGUUUGGGCGUUUUUCUGGAUCGCAGACAAGGAUUUUUUGAACAGUUUCAAUACCACGUAGCUGAUCCGUUGAAGGACCUCAGUAAUGGAAUGAUUCUUGGGCGAACAGUGGAAAUUUUAGCUAAUCUGCAAUAUAACACAGUGAUACAAUGUUUGCGUGAUCCUAGUGGUGAUAGACUUCGUAAAGUGAGCAAUGUUAGAACAGUGAUUGAUUUUGCUAAGCAAAAAGGAAUUAUUCCUGAAGACUUAUAUGUGGAUAUCGAUGGUAUCUUGCAAGGAAAUAUCGAUGAAAUUUUAGCACUUCUCUGGCUAUUGGCUAGCAAAGAAUUGAGUAUCAGUAAAUCAGAUAAUUGUAAUGCUGAAAUUGAUUCGAUAUCUCAACAACUUCUGAGCUUGUUCGGCAUAUCAUAUGAGAUACGAAAUCCUCUAGAACUUGCUGACGGAAAAUUGUUUUCCUUGUUGUGGAAACAAUAUUAUUCAUACGGCGCACCAUUUGAACUCUUCGAUGGCACAACAGUUUUAGAGCAAAUUGCAAGUGCUGCUGAGCAUCAUUUUGGGAUCCCGUCAUCGAUGCUGAUGCGAUGGAAAAACAUACCUGAAGAGAAAACACUCUGCCUCUUCACCAGAAUUUUCAUAGCACGCAUAUAUGAAUGUUAUAAAAUUACUUCUGCUGCAAUCACAAUACAACGUGCCUUCCGGAGAUAUCACAGUACCUCAAAAAUGAAUUAUGAUAUUCCUCAUAAAUUAAAUACAUCAGAUCAGUUAAUCAAGUCAUAUCGGAUAAUAACGAAAGAAGAUUCGAAACGAAUGAAGGCUUCAUUCACAAUACAGGUAAAUAUGAUACCAGAGCCUUUUUCGGAAAAUGCAAAGGAAACUGUUAUUAAAAUCAAUCUUUCAAUAGUACUUGCUCGAUACUUUCGUGGAUGGUUUGCAAGAAUACUUUAUCGUAAGAUGAAGUGUGAUAAGACUUCACAAGAACGAGAAGCAAAGGCAAUUAUCAUACAAAAAUUUAUUCGUGGAUGGCUUGCACGAACAUUUUAUCGAAAGAUGAAAUGUGAUAAAAUUUUGCAAGAACGAGAAGCAAAAGCAGUUAUUAUACAAAAAUUUAUUCGUGGAUGGCUUGCGCGAACACUUUACCAAAAGGUGAAAUGUGAUAAAAUUUUGCAAGAGCGAGAAGCAAAAGCAGUUAUUAUACAACGGUAUGCACGUGGCUGGAUAGUCCGUAAAAACUACCGCAAAAUGCAACAUGAAGUAGCCUUAUAUAAACAAGAACAAGCAGCAAUCACUUUGCAGAAUUCCAUUUCUGCCACAGAAUGCUCGAAUGAUGAAGUUGAGAAUAAAAUACAUGGAUGCGAAGUUAUAAAUGAUGCGGAAUGCUUACGGAUAUUACGUGAACUAAGAAAACAACAUAAUCGUUUGCGAAUUAGGCGUCAGAAGUUUUUGCAAGUUGUCGAGAAUAAAAUCAAAUGUGCACUCUUGCUUAAAGCAGAGCGAGAUCGACGCAUAAAAGCUGCCACAAUAAUACAGGCAUGGUGGCGUGGAUAUCUUUUUCGCAAGCGUCAUGUAACAAUUCGCAAUGAAAUAGCUGCGAGUCGUGUUGCUCAUAAAGAAGCAAUGUCGAAUGAAGAGCGGUUUGAGCUAAUGCAACCGAUUAUGAAUCGCGUGAUGAAUGCAAUGAAGAAUUUGAACUCAAAACACCUUUACAUUCGUUAUAAAGCUACUGAAGUGUUGCAAAAAUUUGUUGGUUUAUCAGAACUUUGCGCUCAGUAUGUGUUCGAUAACGGCGGUCUGGAAUGUAUUUUGGAUUCAUUAGAGGGUUGCAAUCGUGGUGUUGGAUCAACUGAAGUGGUCAUACCUCUUUGCUCCAUCUUGUGGAGUGUAUUGAAGUUUAAAAUUAUUCGGGGAAAACUCGACGAGCAACGCCAAAAAGAUAUUGUGAGACAAUGUUAUCAUUUCAUGUUAGCAUUUCACAAAGUUCCGGAUGUGGUGACCAAUUUAAGUGCAGUUAUAAUAGCAUUGAAUGGGAACAAUAAACAGCAUAAAAAAGCACACUAUUUUGUUGCGCAGUUGGCAAAGAGAUUUGCUAAAUUAUCAGAAUGUGACGAGAGAGUUGUUGCACUCCGAAAGCUUCAGGAUUGUUUGCUAAAUUAA